CUCCAUAUCCUCCUGCACCAGGAAUAAAUCCUCCAGGAUUGCCUCCUGCUACAAGUUCUAUAUCUCACAAUAUCCAUUCAAUGCCAUCUGCUGGGGCUGGUUUAGGAUAUUUACCACCUGCUGCAGCUUUGUCCUAUCCGGUGCCACCAGGAAAUUAUCCAGCACCAUCUAGCGCUCGUGGUUCCAUGUCUCCUGCUGCACCACCAUCUUCAACUUUAAGCCAUGGCGGUUAUUCCUGGAGGGCUACAACCUGUCACCAGUCCUCCAUGUUGUGUCCUAAGGGCGUCCUGGCAGGACGUGACAGUGACGGCACCGAAAUUUAUGUGGGGCGCAGCCUGUACCAGGGGGAUGUGGUGCCCGCAAAAGUUAUACCGAAUAAGAGCGCCGCCUAUAUCAGCUAUAAUGGAGUGGAGGUUCCUGUUAAUAAUUUUGAGAUAUUGGUUCGUUCAGAAUGCAAGUGGGUGCAGAGCAGAAAUGGAACAGUUCCUCCGGGUGCUUUUCCGGUAGGCCAGACCGUUUCCGGGGAAGUCCUUUAUGCCGGAAGAGUGCACCUUCGUGGCGGAGUGGCUGUCGGAAAGGUUCAUCCAAGUCACGGCUGUUGCUACAUCCCUUAUAAUGGUCAGGAGGAAGCUCACAAAGUUUAUGAAGUUAUGGUACUAGAAACAUAA